AUGAUCAAUUUACAGGGUCGGAGAACUUUCGUGUACACUUUUAACUGCAUAUUGGACUCCCUAUACUCCGAAAUCAGGAAACGUGAGUGUGAAUAUUCUGAUCUUCACAAUAGGUUUGGUUUUCUUGAAAAUAUCAAAACUCUUGAGGCAUCUGAUAUCACCAAAUGUGCAAGAGAACUAUUAAGUGCGUAUCCCAAAGAUCUUGAGCCUGUUGUUGUGGACGAGUGUUUACAUUUAAAAUCAUUUUUGUUGAACAACAGUGAAAACGACAAUAUAAAAACGAGUAUGACUGAAAUUAGCAAGGUUUUGUAUAAUUUUGACAUGGUUGAUGUGUACAUUAACAUUGCCAUUGCGUUAAGAAUGGUUCUUAGUUCUCCAGCCACUAACUAUUCAGCAGAAAGAUCCUUUUCCAUCCUUCGUCGUGUGAAGAACUACCUAAGAUCCACAACCACGACAGAUUGA